AUUACCGGAUUUCUUUCACAAUUUUCUCUCUCUAUUGGUUGUACAAAUUCCACCUGAGUUUGGUUGAAUCAUGGCAGAAAAGGAGAAACUUUCAAAGUUUGUUAGUCGAAGGAAUCAGAGAGGAGCCGCAAGCCGAAAAGAGUUCGAAUUUGAUUGGGAAUCAGAAUUCCAAUCCACAAUGGUAUGAAUCUGGCCUUUAAAGAGGAAAGAUAUGUGAAUAAUUAGUUUCAUUUUAGGAUUCCAAUUAUGAAUAGGAUUAGAUUUUUAUCUGCAAUUUGAAUUUAGGGAUUAGAGCUUAGAAUUAGUGAAGGGUUUGGGUUCUUUUUCAUUUGUGUAUAAAAGAGGGCUUCUGCCAAUUAGAGGGGGAAGAAAAAAUUCAGAAAGUUGAGAAAGGAGAGAGUUUUGGGGAGAAAAGAGAGACCCAACAGAGAUUGAAGGCUUUGUAAUUGAUCUUUGAAAUAGCAAAUUAAAGUUGAUAUUUAUCUAUUUCCAAGAACAUUUUUUAAUUGUAUAUGAGCUUCUCAAGGCGAGCUUAUGAGUUUCAUAAAUUUAAUAGAGAAUCAGGGGGUGAAGUUUAUUUCACAGUGCCAAGAUUACAGGUAUAGUAGUAUCAUUUUUCCAAUGUUCUCCUAAUUGAUAUGUCUUGUUGUUUUCUCAUAUUCCUUCAAAAUGUUCAAUGCAAUCAAUUACUAUUCAAUGUUUGGAGGCACUCCAGUUCUUGGAAGGACGUAUAGUGCACCAGAGGUUAUCCUGGGACUUCCAUAUGAUAAGAAGAUAGACAUUUGGUCAUUUGGCUGCAUCUUGGGCAAACUUUGCACCAGCAAUGUCCUUUUCCAAAAUGAUUCACCAGCAACAUUACUUGCAAGGGUUAUUGGAAUCAUUUGUCCCAUUGAUCAAGACAUGCUUGCCAAAGGACGCAAUACAUACAAAUAUUUCACUAAAAACCACAUGCUGUAUGAACGUAAUCAGAAACCUACAAGCUGGAACACCUGAUUCUAAAAAAGACAUCUUUAAGGCAUCGUUGGCCUAUGGGAGAUUGGGGUUUUAUUGAUUUUGUUGCUCAUUCGCUUGAGAUAAACCCAAAGAACGGCCUUCUGCAUCUGAGGCUCUAAAGCACCCAUGGUUAUCAUAUCCAUAUGAGCCAAUAUUAGCUUGAUUUGUUUGAAGAUGACACGCUACAGCUGUCCUUGUACACCUUCAAUCAAGGGUCUUGUUGACAGGGAAAGCCAUUCCUUUCCCCUACGAAGAGCUUUUGUUCAUUGACAAAAAUGCAAUGGUCUUUUCUCGGCAAGGGUCAAGUUGUAUUUAAGUCUAGCAUUAUGAAAUGAUUUAAUCAUGGGUAGCACAAUGUAUUCUUGAGGUCUCCUUCAUUACAACAUAAUAUGGUGGAAGAGGGAUUGUAAUCCCAUUGUACAUGAUGUGUGAUAAUUCAAUUUUAUAGCUACUUUAGUAGCUAUAUUACAGUGUGUGAAAGACUUGGAUAUCCAAUUUUAGUUGGCUUGUAAUAUGAGUUGUGUGCGCAUCAAAGUUUGGAGCAAGGCAAGCACUUUCGUUGUUUUGAUUUUGCAGCAGGACACGGUUACGAUGGAUAAAGCUUUUGCUUGAAA